UGGGAGCCUGUGGAGGCGAAGGAGGAUCGCGGGAGGCGUGUUCCUCCGGAGUUUGCUUUUCCUUGGGAGCCUCGCGCGCACACCCAUCCCCUCUGGUCUGGCAACUGUUGUCUAGGAAGUGAGGAGCCUCUCUCUGAUCCACCGGACCAUCGCUGGAACUUGCAGGCUGCGCGAGAUCUCCCCUAGAGAAGCCGGGAGGUCCGGGGAAGUUUCCCCGAGCCGAGACUGUGCUGCAGCCCUGGUCACCCGCCACCCUACGGGCCACCCGCGUUCUCCAGCUCAGACUCGUCUGGCCUGGGCGCGGACCUGGCGCUGUCUGCGUCCAAGGAGCUCUAAGGUGAAAGGAAGAAAGGCGUGAGACCAACACAGUAAGACGUUUCUUCACAUCUCUGUUACCACAUUAAGAUGGAUGUCUUUUGCCUUGCGGCAUCCUUUUGGCUCACGCUGGUGGGAGGCGUGAUCGCUGACAAUCCCGAGAGAUACAGCGCUAAUCUAAGCAGCCACUUCACCCCUUUUCCGGGGACAGAGUUCAACUUUCUGGGCACCACCCAUCGACCUCCUAAUUUGGCCCUGCCUAGCAAUGGCUCAGUGCACGGCUAUUGCCCACAGCAGACAAAAAUCACGACAGUUUUCAAAUAUAUCAACACUGUGAUAUCCUGUACCAUUUUCAUUGUGGGAAUGGUGGGGAACGCAACUCUGCUAAGAAUCAUUUACCAGAACAAGUGUAUGAGGAACGGCCCCAAUGCGCUCAUAGCCAGCCUGGCCCUCGGAGACCUCAUCUACGUGGUCAUUGACCUCCCGAUCAAUGUGUUUAAGCUGUUGGCGGGGCGCUGGCCUUUCGACCACAAUGAUUUUGGAGUGUUUCUCUGCAAGCUGUUCCCCUUUCUGCAGAAGUCCUCCGUGGGCAUCACCGUCUUGAAUCUCUGCGCUCUCAGUGUGGACAGGUACAGAGCAGUGGCUUCCUGGAGUCGUGUUCAAGGAAUUGGAAUCCCCUUGAUUACUGCCAUUGAAAUUGUCUCCAUCUGGAUCCUUUCCUUUAUCUUGGCCAUCCCAGAAGCAAUCGGCUUUGUCAUGGUACCCUUUGAAUACAAGGGCGAGCUGCACAGGACCUGCAUGCUCAACGCCACGUCCAAGUUCAUGGAGUUUUACCAAGAUGUGAAGGACUGGUGGCUCUUUGGGUUCUACUUCUGCAUGCCCUUGGUGUGCACAGCAAUCUUCUACACCCUCAUGACCUGUGAGAUGCUCAACCGGAGGAACGGCAGCCUGCGGAUUGCCCUCAGCGAACACCUCAAGCAGCGUCGAGAAGUGGCGAAGACUGUCUUCUGUUUGGUUGUCAUCUUCGCCCUGUGCUGGUUCCCUCUUCACUUAAGCCGUAUUUUGAAGAAAACCGUGUAUGAUGAGAUGGAUAAGAACCGGUGUGAACUGCUCAGCUUUUUGCUGCUCAUGGAUUACAUUGGCAUUAACCUGGCAACCAUGAAUUCUUGCAUAAACCCAAUAGCUCUAUACUUUGUGAGCAAGAAAUUCAAAAAUUGUUUUCAGUCAUGCCUCUGUUGCUGUUGUCACCAGUCCAAAAGCCUCAUGACCUCGGUCCCCAUGAAUGGAACAAGUAUCCAGUGGAAGAACCAGGAGCAGAACAACCACAACACAGAGAGAAGCAGCCACAAGGACAGCAUGAACUAACCCUCUGCAAAAACAGCGAGCCGUGAGCCUUCAAGUCCUAGGACGGAAACCAUCACACAGCAGCUGCGCUCCCCAAACCUCCCAACGUCUCUCCCCUGCUCCUUUCUAAGUCCAGACUAAGAAAAGAAAACCUCUCCUGCCAUCCCAACAGCACGUGGUGGACCGGUCCCAGCCACAGCCAGUUGGUCUCUCCUGAGUACUGCAUAUGAUUUGCAUACUGCGUAUGUCAUUUCCAACAUUUGAAAGUUAGGAGAGCUAAGGGAAAGAGGAGAUCGUUCAAGGAAACCACGUAUCUGCCAUCUUUGCAUGAACAGAGUUUGCAAGCUUAUGACCAGCUUCCAUGCAGUUCUAUGGGACAGCCAAUGAAAACUGUUCAUCCUAAGACUCUAGAACAGUGGUUCUCAACCUUCCCAAUGCAACCCCUUAAUAUAGUUCUUCAUUUUCCAGUGACCCUCAACCAUAGAAUUAUUUUUGUUGCUACUUCAUAACUCUACUUUUGCUACUGUUAUGAAUUGUUAUAUUUAUCUGAUAUUUCUGCUAGUCUUAGUCUGCCCCUGUGAAAGGGUCGUUCAACUCCCAAAGGAAUUGCAACAAGUUGAGAACCACUGCUCUUGAAAUUAUGUUUAGUUUGAUGGCCCGUGUCUAUAUCGUAGAAUUGGAGAGGUGAGGGGAGAUGACCAGGUGUUCAAGGUUAGCCUCAUCUAUGUAGUUCAGAAAAGCUUGGGCUACAUAAGAUUCUCAAAAGACACAGACAGACAAAAAGUCUUUAAAAUUUAUGGCAAGAUUCAUUAUUUUUUCUUAUAGCCAAACAUAUUGUGAGGUUAAAGUACUCCUUUGGAAAUGUCAGUGUUGGUAUUUUAUAACUGCAUGGUACCCUAGGAAUGAUAUUUUCAUCUUCUUUACAUGUACUUUGAAAAAGAAGAGGAAGAAGAGAAGGAGGAGGAAGAGGAGGAGGAGGAGGAAGAAGAGGAGGAAAAAGAGGGGGAACAUCUGAUGAGGAAUUAGGUUAUGUUUCUACGGCACUGUUUUGUUUGGAAAACAUGAUUUCCAAAGCUACCACAGACACAGACCAGUUACCACCAAAGCAAUUUAAUAGCUGCUAGCCAAAGAAUUUUUAGGAACCUGUAUUUUCUUUUUAUGUUGUUGAUUGGCUUUUUGCUUGUUUGGUUGAUUUUGUU